AUGAAUGAUCGAAAUCAGCGAACAUCUCUUACUGAAUAUUUUAAAACGAAUACACAAGAUCCGGAUGCAAGAAACUUGCUUUAUGCCGAUUUUCCUUUGCACUAUACAUGGAAUAAAAAUACUAAAAAAUGGAAUAAACGUAAACGUGGAGGAUGUAUUGGAAGAAUAUUUAUGGUUCAUCCAAGCGAAGGUGAACGAUACUAUCUUCGUUUGUUAUUAACAAAAGUAAAAGGAGCUAGAAGCUUUGAAGAACUUAAAAGUGUUAAUGGAAUUAUGUAUACUACUUUUAAAAAAAGUGCUCAACAAAGAGGUUUUUUAGAAAAUGAUAAUGAGUAUCGGCAAUGUAUGAUUGAAGCUAAAGAAUUUCAAAUGCCUAGCCAAUUACGUGAUCUAUUUGCAACACUAUUAGUCUUUGGAAAUAUUACAGAUGUACAACAGCUAUGGAAUGAAAAUUUUAAUGCAAUGGCCGAAGACUUUAUGCACAAAGGAAUUUCCGAGGGACAAUAUCAAAUUCAAGCAGUUCUUCAAAGUUUAAAUAUAUUUUUACAAAGACAUGCAAGGACAGUAAUUGAUUAUGAUUUACCAGAAUUAAUUUUAGAAACGGAAAUUGAAAAUUUAUCAAAAAUACUUUUAGAAGAACUAUCUUAUUAUAUUGCUCCUGAGGAUCUUGCCAAGGCAAAUACAUUAAAUGAAGCUCAACGGAUAGUAUUUAAUGAAGUACUUAAUCUUAUAAAUCAAGAUAAAGGAGGUGUAUUAUUUAUAGAUGGUCCUGCCGGAAGUGGAAAAACUUAUGUUUAUGAUUGUCUUCUUUCCCAUAUACGAUCUAAUCAUCAAAUUGCAUUAGCAGUAGCCUCCUCUGGUAUUGCUGCAUUGUUAUUACAUGGCGGACGUACUGCACACUCUCGCUUUAAAAUACCAAUUAUUAUAGAUGAAAAUGCGACUUGCAAUAUUAAAAAGGGAACUGAUUUGGCUAUAUUACUUCAAAAAGCUGUUUUGAUCAUUUGGGAUGAAGCUCCAAUGUUGCACCGUCAUGUUUUUGAGGCUGUUGAUAAAACUUUAAGAGAUAUUAUGGAGAAUAAUUUCCCAUUUGGCAAUAAAAUCUUUUUAUUUGGAGGAGACUUUCGACAAGUUUUACCUAUAAUUUCUAAAGGUACCAGAGCUCAAAUAGUUAAUGCUUCUUUUAAUAAGUCCUAUUUAUGGCCACAUAUUCGUAUUUUUUCCUUAACUACAAAUAUACGAAUUUCAAAAGCUAUAAAUAAUAAAACAAAGACAUUUGCAGAUUACUUAUUAAGAAUUGGCAAUGGUACAGAACCUACAAUAGAAAAUGAUUUAAUUCGGCUUCCUGAUGAAAUAAUUAUUCGCUCACAAAAUAAUGAAGAUCAUAUUAAUUUAUUAAUAAAUGCAGUGUAUCCUAAUCUUACAAAAAAUAUUUUGAACACUGCCUUUAUAACAGAAAGAGCAAUAUUGACUUCAUUAAAUAGCGAUGUUGAUGAAAUUAAUGAGAGAAUUAUAACUAUAUGUCCUGGAAAUCAAUAUACAUACUAUAGUUUUGAUUCAACAACAGAAGACAACUUGAAUUUAUUUCCAGUUGAAUAUCUUAACUCUUUAACACCUCCGGGCCUUCCUCCACAUAUACUUUCAUUAAAAGUUGUCAAAUCACAAGACAUGAUGAAGUCAUCAGAAACGGAAAUCCCAACAGACGGUUUUGACGAGUUCACAAUUCCCGAUGAUAAUGAUAUAGAAUUAUUCGAAGAUUCCUGA